AUGAGAAAUCAGAUCAUCAAUGAAGCUGAGGAGUACAAGCGAUCUUUUUAUGAGAAAAGAAAGCUCAACUGCGAAACUAACAAGGCUCAGAACAGAGAAAGUGAGAAGCUCUACUUGGCCAACAAAGAGAAGUUCCACAAAGAAGUUGACAAACAAUAUUGGAAAGCAAUUGCAGAGCUCAUUCCUCGUGAGGUCCCUAAUAUUGAGAAGAGGAGAGGGAAGAAGGAUGAUGAAAAGAAGCCUUCAGUUGUGGUCAUUCAUGGCCCGAAACCUGGCAAACCCACUGAUCUGACAAGGAUGCGGCAAAUCCUUGUGAAGCUGAAGCAAACCCCACCACCUCACAUGAUGCCUCCCCCACCGACACCUGCAAAAGAUGGCAAGGAUGCAAAGGAAGGGAAGGAUGCCAAGAAUGGGAAAGUUGGCGCCCCAACAGCAGCCAAGGAUGGAAAAGUUGCUACCCCGAAAGCAGCCCAGGAUGGAAAAGUUGCUACACCGAAAGCAGCCCAGGAUGGGAAAGUUGCUACCCCGAAAGCAGCCCAGGAUGGGAAAGAUGCUAUAGAUGGGAAAGAUACUACCCCAGCACCAUCUCCAGCUACUGCCGGGGACAAUCCUGUUUCACCUGCCAAAGAUGGUGCUACUAAUGGUGCUCAUGCAACACUCGAACUGGAGGAUUCAACUGGUGUUGAAGGCGAGGAGGUCACCGUAACUGAAUCAGCCUCAAGUGCCUGAUGACUAUCCAAUUUCUAUGUUUCUAACCACUUUUCCCACUAAUUCAUCGUUCCAUCUUAAAGUAUUUUUCCACUAGUAAUGCAGAAUAAAAGCAGCUUUGUUUUGGUCCUUUGUUGUAUGCAGCAUAGGCUGUGAAAGAGCAUUUUCCCCUUCUCUAAUAGUCUCUUACUCUAGUUUUCCCAAGUAUCUCAACAUUAGUUUGUUUUAGUUGUCCCUUUUUUGAUUACUAUUUUUUUUUUCUGUUGUAAAUUUUGUGGGUGAAUUAUUAGCUGUUUGAUUGUUGCCCCCUAAAUGAAGUAGAGCUAAUAUGAGCUUUUAAAACUUGGUUUGCUUUCUUCCUCUCUUCCCCCAGAAUAUGGGGAAAUGGAGAGAGAAUAGAAUAGAAUAGAAGAGUAG